CCCCUCGCCAGUCUGCUUUUGGUUGGUGUGCGGGACGUUUCUUUCCAUCUGCUAUUUACCCACGUCAUUGUUUCAAAAAAUUUCAAGUGAUGUGCGAUUUCUACGCGAGCUUACCCUCGCCCCUCUUCGCGACCGAACAGUUCAGUGUUCCUAGUGGUUAAUAUCUGUGAUUUUUAUUUGAAGGGGUUUUUGUAUGAUUUUGACGUCGGAUAUGUGGAAAAUGAGUAGUGAUUUGUGAGGAUGAUCAGUGGGACAUAUUGAUAUACGCUCCGAGAUUCGACCACCGGAGUUAAAACACAUGAAACAAUGAUUAUAUUCUUAUUCGUAUUGGUUUCUUCUUUCUUCGGAGCCAGCUUGUCCGGGUCCGGUAACUGUCCGCCGGUUUGCGUCUGUAAGUGGAAAGGGGGAAAGCAGACGGUGGAAUGCACGGACCGCGCGUUAAUCAUGAUUCCAGAGGGGGUGGAUUCGGAGACGCAAGUGUUGGAUAUGUCCGGGAACAAUCUUCAGAUUCUCCCGAGAGAGGUUUUUGUGAGGACGGGUCUUUUGAACCUCCAGAGACUGUAUCUGAGAAACUGCCGUUUAGGCCAGAUCGACGAUCAAGCCCUUGCGGGUCUCACAAAUCUAGUCGAAUUGGACCUGACGAACAACCUCUUGACGACCAUACCGUCUGCGACGUUUAAAGACGUCCCAUUUUUGAGGGAUUUGGUCAUGGCGAGGAACCCAAUACAAAAAAUCGAGUCUCAUGCCUUUAAAACCGUGCCCGGAUUGGUGAAACUAGAUCUUUCGAACUGCGCUUUGCAAAUGAUAUCGCCCAAGGCUUUUGAGGGUGUCGAGUUGCUGGAGGCACUGAAAUUGAACGGAAACCAACUCCAUGAAAUCCGACCCAGGACGGUAGAGACUCUUUCCAGGCUACAUGGGGUCGAACUCCAUGAUAAUCCCUGGUAUUGCGACUGUCAUCUGAGAGCGGCUAAAAUCUGGUUGAUGGAUAACAACAUCCCUUAUCCGAUAGCUCCGAUGUGCAAAGGAGGUCCCGAAAGGAUUGUCCAUCGCACUUUCGCUGAAUUGGACCUAGACGAUUUCGCCUGCAAACCGGAAAUACGCUUGGACAGCCGACAUGUGGAGGCGACUACCGGAGAUAACGCGACUAUUGUCUGCAGGGUCGCCUCAGUCCCUGAAGCGACUAUCAGUUGGUAUUGGAACGGAAGGCUUCUCGUUAACAACUCCGCAUUCAGUUCGUACCAAAGAGUGCAUAUCAUCGAAAACGGGACGUUCGACAAGAAAAGCACAUUGAUCGUAACCAACGCCCAAGAAGCGGAUUCGGGGGAUUUCUACUGCAUAGCUGAAAACAGAGCCGGCAACGCGGAGGCAAAUUACACGGUACACGUAUCUUAUAGGAUGGCAGGUAUGGCGAGUCUCGGUAGCGGCCAAAUCGCUGGUCUUAGCGCUGCACUCGUCAUUUUAAUCCUAUUCAUACUCCUGGUCAUUCUGGUGCUGCUUGUGAGGCUGCGUCGUGUACCGUUUUCGGAAUCGAAAACCCCUGGACAACUUGAAGUCGUUGCGAACGGCAACGUUACUCAGAAGGCGACAACGCCUGUCACGGUGGAGACGUCGACGUUCGUCGAAAGGAAAGAGACGGCCAACCCGGUGCAGAAACCGCCGAGAGUGCCGGAAAGCCCCGUCGACUACGACGGACUUGGCGGCGUCUCGAAUCCGGUUCAGUUCGCCGCGCCCAUCUCCAAUCCGGACCUCAUUAACGACACGAGGGAAGACGGAAGACCCGGAAGCGGCGAGUACAGCCGGAUGAACGACGGUCUCUACCCGGCCAGCGUCUGGGAAGAAGGAUAUCUCGGGAGGACGCCGAGCAUGGACGCCUGCGACAGGACGCCGAUCGUCGAACACGUAGAAGACUACCCUCCGGACUAUGGUCUUCCGAUCCCAGGGGGUGCGCCACCCCCAAGCGCCAAAACUCUCCGCGUUUGGCAAAGGGGAGUGCCCGUUCUUCCGCCCGUCAACGCGCUCAAGAGGGUCCUCACAAGAAAUUCGCCGGAUGAAGGAUACCAAGAGGGAUGCGGAACAGACGUCUAACCCUUCCGAAAAAAGUCAAGGACGUGAAUCGAUAAAGCUGUACUGCUUUCAUUCAAGCUCCAAGAACUGUUUGUUGUAAAUAUAACGCCAGAAGUAUAACAAAAUAUUUCGAACUGUACAUAAAUAAUUAGCAACAAUUAUUUUUAUGCAUUAUUUCAUAUAAAUAAUAGAAAGUUGGAAUGAAAUUAUAGUAAGAUUUUAUAAUGCUCUGAAGACUGAUUUGAAAAUUUUUCUCUUAGGAAAUGUAAUUUAUUGUGAAAUUCGAAGGAGGAGAUAAAGUAGUUUCUAAUUGUUGACAUAUAAUAAAAUGAAGAGAUUGUGAAACCCGAUGGUUAUACAUUGUUACGAAAUACCAUAAUUAUGCUAUUCCAUAGGGGCAAGGCAACUCUAUCCGACAAUUGAUAUCAUUAAUGACGAACAGGUAUAACCAAUUUAUAUGUCGUCAGAUCGGAAAAUCUAUGUGUAAUGUCCAUCUUUCGAGAUUCGUAUUUCCUAUUUAUGUAAACGAUUCUCGAUUGUAUUAGCGUUAUAUGCGAAAUUUUGAUGUCCUGUCAUGGUUCGUCAGUACGAUCGACCAGCAAUCUGGCAGAGUUCGACGGCAAACGAAGUUCAGUUUUGCAGAGCAAGUGUUUUUUUUCAGAUCAUCACUGUGACGUGCUCUCUCUCGCGAUUUCUAUUUCCGCCUACAGGAUUUCAUUCCGAUCAAUGGAUAAUGGCCGGAUCAAGAUGAGUUUUCGAUUUUGGCCCUGCCGUAAUCGAACAUAUGCUAAUAUUGAUAAAUCUAUUUAGGAUUACCUGACCCUACGAUCCUUUAGUAAUAAGGAAAUUUAUAAAAGAAAAGACCAAUUAUGGAAUUUAUAAAUUCAUAUUUUACUAGCAUAAAAGCCAACGGGGGAAAUAUAUAAAAAAAGUUGUUGUUCUUAUUUA